CAAAGUCGAGUUUCAUUUGUGUGUCUCUGAACUCCCGUCAGACUGAUCAGAGCACCUCAGCACCAGCAACUCCUGCUCAUCUAGACCACCCAGCUGAGUCCUGCAUACAGAGUCCGGCCACUCCUGCACAGAUAAAGAAGAUGGAUCUCCCAGAGGAACAGGUGGCCAGCAACUCUUCAGAGAAUGUGUCUUUUGAUUAUGAAGAGCCCUGCUUCUACAAUCUGAACAGUAGUAUGGACACAAAGGUAUUCCCAUUUGUUCACUCCAUCAUCUGUGCUCUGGGCCUGGUGGGGAACAGCCUGGUCAUCAUCACCUACGCUCUCUACAAAAGGACCAAGUCCAUGACUGACCUCUACCUGCUCAACGUUGCCAUUGCUGACCUUCUGUUUGUGCUUUCGCUGCCACUGAUUGUCUACAAUGAGAUGACAUCCUGGUCCAUGGGCUGGGUUUCCUGCAAGCUGCUGCGCGGUUCCUACAGUGUAAACCUGUACAGCGGCAUGCUGCUGCUGGGCUGCAUCAGCAUAGACCGUUACUUUGCAAUUGUCCAGGCCCGCCGGAGCUUCAGGCUCCGUUCGUUGUCCUACAGCCGCCUGAUCUGCGCUGUCAUCUGGGUGUUUGCUGUCCUUGUGUCCAUCCCAACAUUUUCUUUCUAUCACAGGUACGAGCCAUUUCACAACAGCACUUUCUUUCUUCCAAACGAAGGGGAGGAUGAGCCCACUGAACAUCAUUAUGUGUGUGACUUCAAAUAUGACAACAGAGAUUUGGCUCCUGUUUUUAAAAUGCUGAUCCCUGGCAUCCAGCUCGGAGUUGGCUUCUUCCUGCCAUUGUUUAUCAUGAUCUUCUGCUACACUUCCAUCAUCAUCACACUGAUGAAAGCUAAAAACUUCCAAAGACAUAAAGCGGUGCGGGUGGUGUUGGCUGUGGUGGUGGUGUUUGUCAUCUGCCACCUUCCUUAUAACAUUUCCCUUCUGUACCACACCAUCAGCAUGUCUUACGAGGUUAACUGCCAGCUUGCAGAUGCUUUGAAAGUGACCCAGACUGCUCUGCAAGCUGUUGCCUACCUGCACUGCUGCCUGAACCCGGUUCUUUAUGCUUUUGUUGGAGUUAAGUUCAGGAACCAUUUCAGGAGGAUCUUUACAGACCUGUUUUGUCUCAGUAAAAAGUACAUGACCCAGCGCCGCUUCUCCAGGGUCACCUCUGAGAUGUACAUGUCCUCAAUCCGUCGCUCUGUGGAGGGAUCCGGUGACACCAACUCGUCUUUUACAAUGUAAGGUCAUCCAACAAGAGCUUUAGCCUUUAGGGAUCUAAGAGUCUGAAGUGGACUUGUCCUGUAGUGGCUCUAAAACAGCAAAUGUCAGAGAAAACAAUCAGAUGGGAGAUUGCACCUGCAUCUUCAGUUUAUGAUUUGACUGGGACCAAAACAUGCUAACUGCUUUCUUUCUAUUGCUAAUGAUAUUCCAUCAGCUGUGGCAUUGAAACUAUAUGUAUUUAACAAAAAUGAAUUGUCUCAGGCAAAUAUUUGCAUCAAACCCCACAGGGGAACAUCCUCACAAGACCUCUGAUGGUUACAUGCCUAUGGUUUGUUCUGUCUAUGACACGUGAACUGUGUGAAUCAGAGACAGGUCUUUGUUAAUACAUUAAUACCUGGACAACUUACUCAAAUGUGAAUCUUAUGAGGCAAAUCUGAAACUCCUGAAGAACAGAAUUGAUGAGAAACAAAAAGAAAUGGCUCUGUGAAGCUUGAUGUUUUCCAUUGAAUUAUCCCUGUGUUUGAUGUGCUGAAGUUCCCCUGUGGUUGCCAGACACACAUAUUCACACAACUCUGUCCGAGCGGUUCCAGCCACCCACUGAUUCAAUGUACACUUAGAGCUCUAUGUGCGCUAUUUUAAAUUUUAAUA